AUCUUCAUCUUCAGGCCAUGGAGCAGGACAAGCCGUGGGCGCUGAUCUCAGAGGUCGGAGGGGACUGUGGUCUCCUGGAGGAUCAUCUGGACAUCGUGAAGCGUCACUUCCAGGUGCUCUGCUACCAGGACCUCCUGCAGAACCCAGAGCUGCACGGCCCUAAGGUCCAGGCCCUGCUGAUGUGGAGGUACUACCCCGAAGCCCGGCCGGCCCUGCUCCGGAUGCUGCCCUCCCUGAAGGUGGUGUCCAGCGGAGGAGCCGGCGUCGACCACCUGGACGUCGCCUUCAUCAACGGCCUCGGGGCCAAGGUCUCCAACACGCCGGGCGUGGUGUCCCGGGCCACCGCUGAUCUGGCCAUGGGGCUGCUGCUGGCGUCGGCCCGGAGGAUCCUGGAGGGUCAUCGGGUCGCCAGAGACCCCGAGACGAGGCGCAUCCCUCUGAACCUGCAGGGAGCCGACGUCUCCGGGGCGACGCUGGGCAUCGUGGGGAUGGGAGACACCGGCUUCAAGAUCGCCCAGAGAGGCCACGGCUUCGAGAUGGACGUCCUCUACCACAACAGGAACAGGAGGAGUUUGGAGGACGAGCAGGCGGUCGGAGCGACGUUCUGCCAGAAGCUGGACGAGCUGCUGACGAGGUCGGACUUUGUGGUUUUGGCGGUGAGGUUGACCUCGGAGACGGCCGGACUGAUCGGAACCAGAGAGCUGGAGCUGAUGAAGCCGACGGCGACGCUGGUCAACAUCAGCAGAGGCCAGGUGGUGGAUCAGGACGCUCUGGUCCAAGCUCUGCGGUCAGGAACCAUCAGGGCUGCAGCUCUGGACGUGACUCAUCCUGAACCUUUACCCAGGGAUCAUCCUCUGUUCGGCCUCCCCAACGUCCUCAUCACCCCCCAUGUGGGCGCCAACACCUCCAGCACCGCCGGCAGGAUGGUGGAGAUGAUGGUGGAGAGCGCUGUGGCAGCCAUCAGAGGCUUACCGGUUCCCUACGAAGUCAAACCCAACUGAUCAACGCUGAAAUCACCUGAAUGCCUCGUGGGCAGGUCUUAGAUAGGAUAUGAACACAAGUUAGAAUGCUUUUAAAGAGUUUGAUCAGGCCUCUGACUGCAGAUUAUGACUAAAAUCUUGUAGAAUUAAACAGUAAAAAGAAUGAUUUCAUGAUUUUACACACACUGACUGUGAAACCUGUGAUUAAAACCUCAGUUUCUGGCAGAGAACUUGGUGGUAUUUAGUCUAAAACCUCUUUAAUCCAGACAAAAUGUGGUUCCAGCAUCAGUGUGGAGCGUUAUUCUACUGAUUUAUUCAGCUGUGCAGUGAAAGAUGGACUAUUGAUCGUUGUCUUACUGCUCUGGAAGGAGAAAUAUGUGCAAUGUUUCAUAUAAAACGCCAUAAAUAUGGAUUUAUACAGGCUUCAAACAGUCAUGUACAUUAAUAUAAAACCAUGCUGACUGCUGUAACAUGCAUGUGGAAAUAUAUUAUGUUUUAAGGGUGGAAGAAGUCUGCUGUCAUUUUAAUAUAAAAUCUACAAGACAAAUGA